AAUACGUCAACAAUAACAUGAAAUCAAAAUCGUUAGUUAAAUUUAUUCUGCUAUGAAUUUGAAGCUAUUGGAUAGUUGCUAAAUUGAAACAUACAAUUUUUCGGAUAACGAACGAUGAUGUCCAACGACCAGAUUCGGCAUGGCAGCUACAGUCGGUACUACGAAUUUCGUUCCGAGGACAGUCGACCUAGUCAGUUGGAGCAGUAUAUACUACCGCUACUAGACCGGUUCGGAAACCAAAUCAACAUGCUGGAUAUUGGUUGUAACCGGGGUAAACUGACAGAAUCGGUUUUCUCUGUUAUCCGGAAGCUGACGGCGGAUAGUGGAAGAUGCUGCCGUAUGCUGGGUGUAGACAUAGAUGGCAAACUAGUUCAGGAGGCUAAUAGGGAAUAUCUGCUGGAAGGUUUAAGGUUCGCUCAAAUGGAUGUACAUGAUGUUGCAGUUGGAAAACAGAUUGACAAUCCAGUUUCGGAAUUUCUGCAAGAAGCUGGAGUUAGACAGUUCGACAUUGUAUUCUGCUUUUCAAUACUAAUGUACGUACACUUAAAUCACGGUGAUGAGGGUCUGCAGAAAGUGUUAGAUUAUCUUUGCUCGAGGGCUAAAGUGCUAGUGAUUGAGUUGCAAAGCUGGCAAAAGUAUCGUGAUCAUGCAAGAAGGAUGAGGAAGGAAGGUGGAGGGGAGUAUGUACACUACAGAUUGCUGAAAUGGAAGGGUAGUAACGGCAAGCUGGAAGAAGCUGUCUGCAAUUAUGUCAUCGCUCAAGGGUUCAAAGUCCUACUGUCUAGCUGUCAAAAGAACGAAUUUAACAGAAAUAUUGUGAUCUUUUCGAGGGAGAGUUUCAUGUAAAUAAAUACAAAAGUAUACAAAUUUCGUUUUAUCUGCGAUUAACCCUUGCACAUCAGCACAACACCGUGCAGAAGACAAAUUCGGGGAGCAACUAUCUUCAAUUCAAACGGGAAUUAGAUUAGUAAAUCACACAAUUAAAAGCGAUAUGAAAUAAGGCGAGCCUUCUCCCAUUCGUUAAUUUGUUUGGGUAG